GUCCGCGAGCAGGCACGUCUCGGAGCCCGCCAGUUCGCAGGCGCCGGGGCCGCGCCUGUCUGGCAGCUGAGGCUGCGCAGCCGCACGUCGCCCGACGCUGAGGCCGGAUUCAUGUGGAAGCUGCUCCCCCACGCGGGCUCGGCCCGAGAACCACACCGACUUCUGACGGAUGUGGAGUACGUGGUGGGGAGGAAGAACUGCGGCGUCCUCCUGGAGAACGACCCGUCCGUCAGCCGCAGUCACGCCGUGCUGGCCGCCCGCUUUCCCGGGACCAGCCUGAGUCAACCACAUGAAAUCCCUGUAUUGACAAUAAAAGACAAUUCUAAGUAUGGUACCUUUGUUAAUGAGGAAAAAAUGCAGAAUGGCCUUUCUCAGACUUUGCAGCCAGGGGACAGAAUUACUUUUGGAGUGUUUGAAAGUAAAUUCAGAGUGGAGUAUGAGCCUCUGGUCGCAUGCUCUUCUUGUUUAGAUGAGUCUGGGAAAAAUGCUUUGAAUCAAGCCAUACUGAAGCUGGGAGGACUCACUGUAAACAACUGGACCGAAGAGUGCACUCACCUGGUCAUGAUGUCAGUUAAGGUCACCAUUAAAACAAUAUGUGCACUCAUUUGUGGACGUCCAAUUGUAAAGCCAGAGUAUUUUACUGAAUUUCUUAAAGCAGUUCAGUCCAAGAAACAGCUUCCACAAAUUGAAAGUUUUUACCCACCAAUUGAUGAGCCAGCCAUUGGAAGUAAAAAUAUUGAUCUGUCAGGACGGCAAGAAAGAAAACAGAUCUUCAAAGGGAAAACAUUUGUAUUUCUGAAUGCCAAGCAGCAUAAAAAAUUAAGUUCAGCAGUUGUUUUUGGAGGAGGAGAUGCUAGGUUGAUAGCAGAGGAAAAUGAAGAAGAAGAGAGUUUCUUUUCGGCUCCUGGAACGUGUGUUGUUGAUGUAGUAAUGACAAAUUCCCAGCCCUUAAUUUCUGACUCUCAGAAAAAAUGGAUUCACUCAGUUAUGGAUAUGCUCCAAAGGCAGGGUCUUAGACCUAUUCCUGAAGCAGAAAUUGGAUUGGCAGUGAUCUUCAUGACCACAGAGAAUUACUGUGACCCUCAGGGCCAGCCCAGUACAGGACCCAGGACAGCCACCCCAGGGCCGAGCCUUUCCCAAGGCUUGUCCGUCAAAGAGGAGCUCCUGCCCAGCGCCCCCGGGAACACUGUGACCUGCGUGGCCGACUCGGCGUCGGAGCGAGCAGACACGUGCAUGGAUCUAAGCGAAAGGCCAGAAGAAAUCGAAGUCUCCAGAAUGGAACAGAAAUUCAGAAUGCCUUCACCGGAGACAUUCCCUGUGAAGGAACCCCCCAAAAGGAGCUCUGACCGCACUUCUGUGGGACCAAACGCUCCAGUCAGGGCGGAGAUCCCCGACUAUCAGCUCUCCCCAGUGAAGCUCCCCGGUGUCAACAGAGGUGGAGGUGGGGCUUCCCAGCAGCUGCAGACCGGCUCCAUCCGAAACCACUUCCAGCCAGACCGCAGGAAGAGGGAAAGGGAUGAAGAAAAUCAAGAAACGUCUUCAUUUAAAUCAGCAAGAAUGGAAAUGUCUUGUUCUCUCCUGGAACCCACACAGCCUGCCACACCCUCACUGUGGGCACGCGGCGGGCAGCCUGCGCCGCAGAGGGGGCCCGUGGGGGAGGAUCCAGGCGGCUUCUUCACAUACACAGAGUCCAAGUCCACUUGGAAAACUUCUGCCAGUAAACCUCUUUCUGCAGAGAAACUAAGACCAGAAAAAAGGAAGAUGGAUGAUUUAGCCAUAGAAAAUGAAGUGCUGGAAGAGUUACUCAAGGACACAAAGCCAGAGCUAGACACGGAGGUGCCAGUGCCGGCACCAGAGGGAGCUGUCCACAGCAGAAAGGUGCCGAGGCUGGAUGCAGAAACAAAUGGCUCUCCUGAUGACCGAGCCGUGCCACAGAGUCACACGCCAUCUCAAGAAAAUGAAAUUGGGAAGAAAUGUGAGACCAAGAAAGAAUCACUGCCAUCAACUAAAGAAGAGCCAUCUAACAAUGACAGGCCCCAGAGUAUUGAUGAGAUGCCUCUGAGGAAGGUGUUGCUGACGGAGUUCAGGUCCCUGGUGGUGAGUGGCUUUGCCUCCAGAAAUGCCCCCAGUGUCAAGGGUGAUCCUGGUCCAUUGAAGAAUUUCAAGAAAUUCAGAAAGGUUGCAUUUUCAGGAGCAGGAAAACUUCCACAGAUCAUUGGAGGAUCAGACCUGAUAGCCCAUCAUGCUCGGAAGAAUACAGAAUUAGAAGAGUGGUUAAGGCAGGAAAUGGAGGCGCAAAAUCAACAUGCAAAAGAAGAGUCCCUUGCUGAUGAUCUCUUUAGAUACAAUCCUAACAUAAAAAGGAGAAGAUAGAUAACCGAGGUUGUUAUGAAGAAGACAUGGAAAAACAUUUCCUGCCCACAUUACUUCCUGUUUCCUCUGGAUUCAGGGGUUCAAGUUACAAAUGCUCUCUAGCCUGAAUUCGUUAAAUAAAAUGCAUAAAACUCCA